UCAAGACUUCUGCGGACUCAAUUCACUCUCGCUUUUACCAUGGUUCAUGAACUGGUCCAUGCUUGGGUCAGGAACAUGCGUCGAGACGCUCUUAGAAUCGAUGAAGUUGAGCCAUACUGUAACGAUGACCGCAUUGCUGAGCCCGGUUGGGCCCUGAUGAGUGCUAUCUUUGGGUCCAUAGGAUGGCCAAUUGCCAACAAUCCUGUAAUGUAUGAUGCGCCCUUUGGGUUGAGCACCAUCCGAUUCCCUGGCACUCGCGACCUCAGGAAAACUUUCGCGGCCGAAUCGUACAAAGGUACUCCAGCAAAAUGGGGCGUCGAUAUAUCCACCGAGUAUGCUCUCCCAAUGGAUUUCAUAGGACAAUUCUUCACCAACGACUUUUGGGACACCAGAGUCGAGAGAUUUGGAUCUGGAAUGUUGAGGAGUCCAAAGCCGCUUGGAGUGCGAGAAGCCCAUGAAUAUACAGAGAAUUCAUUCGAAGCUCCCGAAUCGCCACGGGUGAAGAGAAGACUAGUGGACGGCGUAGAAGUAGACGAUCCGGAAGCUCGGUCGCCAGAACAC